AUCAAUAAUACCGCAGUAAAUAAUUUCAGCAUUUUAGUUUUUGUAUUUCGUUAUUCGUUAUUUUAGGCUGCAGUAGUGCAGUUUUCAGUGAUUAGCACGUGCUUACGUCUUGUAUUUAUGUACACCUAUGACUUGUGUAUUAUAAAAUUAAUAUUAUAAUAUUAUAUUCAAGAGUGUAGUCAUUUAAACAAAAGCAGUAUUUCUUAAAAUCAUGGCAGCUCGUCCAGUCAAAUCAUAUGGUAAAAAGAAGUAUAAUUUUAAGGACAGUCGUUUUAAACUUCAGCCAGACCUAAAAGGAUUUUUAUGCACAUGCAAUUACGGUGAAAAAGACUGUCAGAAAGAAGCGAUAAAUUUGUUAAGAGAAUACAGUGAAGAUAAAGACAAAUCAUCCGAAGGUACUAGUAGUACCGUAGAGGAAUCAGCAGAUAUUAUGGAUUCAUUAGAUACUGAAUUGGAAAACUUGUCCAAAAAAGAUAAUGCUGAUUGGAAAAAGUUCACUCCGUCAGUUACAGGUGUUGGAAACUGUCUUUUCAUCAGCACCACAGUUGAAGAUCCGUGUGACCUUAUGUAUAAAAUACUUGAAGAUAUAGAAAAAACCAAAGUGCAGAAGACAAAAUUUCUUUUGCGUAUGCUUCCAAUUUUGGUCACUUGUAAAGCAAACAUUACAUCUAUAACAUCAGCCUGUGCCAUUAUAUUACCUAAAUAUUUUUCAACAGAACCAACAACAUUUGCAAUUAUGUUCAAUCACAGAUAUAACAAUUCAGUGCCACGUGAUAAAGUAAUUGAAGAAUUGGCCACUCAAGUAGUUAGUCUUGGACAGCAUACUGUGGAUUUAUCUGGUGGAGCUAAAAUGACUAUCAUUGUUGAGGUGGUGAAGUCUGUUUGCUGUCUGUCAGUAGUUAGAGAUUAUGGUCGCUUCUGCAAGUUCAAUCUACUCUCUGUCUGUGGUCGACCUGAAAAAAGAACAGCAGAAGGUGAAAAUGGUGGCAUUGAAGGCAUUGAAAAAAGUUCUUCGCCUAAAGUUAAAAAACAAGAAGAAAAUGAUCAAGUAAAAGAAAAUAGCAAAGCGGAAAAUACUGAGAGUGAAACUAAAGAAGAAAUUACCGAAAUGUCUGAAAAUUAAAUAACUUCAUUAUCUAUGUUAAUUUACUUAUUGAAAGGUAUCAAUAAGCUAAUUUUGUUUAUUAAUGUCAAAUCUAAAUUUUUUUCUACAGUUACUAUUUAUUUUGUAUGGUUAAAUAGUAUUUUCAGAAAUUAAGAAGUAUAUAAUAUAAGUAAAACAUUAUUAUUAUUUCACAGUAAAUAUAUUCACUAUAUUCUAGUGUAUUGGGCUUUA